AUGGUCACCCUAUUGCUCAAGACAAUCGGACGGCUGACUUUAGGGUCUCCUAUAACAUGGAGGCCGAUAUCAUCCACGCGUCUUGGAGGUCCUCAUCCUACACCUCAUGUGUCACAAUUUCCGACUUCAAUUCGACGUCCAUUUUCUGAUAGGAAAACCAAUCCAGAGGCUCGACAGCACAUAGACUCAUCUGAUAGCGACUCUCCAGUCAAGAUUCGCCCUGAACGGUACUACAGGCAUUUGGAACGGCAAAGACGUAAAUAUGCUACGGACCACGAAUUUGCCGAACGGCUACGCAACACAAACAGACACAGAUAUGCUACGGAUCCUGAAUUUGCCAACAGACAACGGCAACGAUACAUGCUAUCCAAGAUACGUGCCGACAGAGAGUGGUGGGAAGUGGUAAAGCGACAUGCGAAGGACCGGGCGAGAUUGCGCAGGGCCAAUGAUCCCGCAUACUUGCUAAAAGAACGGAUCUACGAGUGGAUCAAGGCAUAUACUUGGUUCCGUGAAGAAGUGGAUUUCGCUCCUUACCAACCGAUUUGGUAUCCCCAAAAGGUGGAACACAGGUGUCACUCGUGCGGCAAGAAGAAAUAUGGAGGCCUUCGGCUAUGGUGGAAGAUGGAUCCCGAGAGCUUCACAUGCCACGUCUGCUACAUGAAAGGCAGCGAAGGAGGCAUGCCGGAAGGCUACGAAGGCUGCAACACUAUCAGGGAAAUCGCCGCGCGAAAGGAAGAACUCGAAAGCAAAGCGACGCAGACUUUGCACACUCGAAGGCUUUCUGGCCAGCCAUCAAGGUCAUCAUCAACAAUGCCAAAUGGUUCUCGUCACUUUUCCACUUACCGCUCUGCUUGGACCCUUUCGAGAACACUGGAGGCGCAAGAGCAAACGAAUCAAGGCGUCUCAGCCAACUUCUCUGAAAGGGAGGAAGAGAAACGAGAGGCUACAAGACAGUAUCAGCGCGAGCGGAGAGCGCGAGAAGACGUCAAUGAUCCAGACUGGCGUGUGAGAAAAAGAUCAUAUGAACGCCAAUACUAUUACACAGAUCCCGAAAGGCGAGCACUGGUCACCAAAAAGGAGCGGGAUCGGUGGCAUUCCGAUACAGAAAGGAGGAAGCAUCGCCUUGAAGUAAUGCGAUCGGAAAGAGCAACACCCUUGGUCAGAGAGAGGUAUCUGAUAUAUCGCUGGGUUCUCCGCAAGCCAGAGUCUAGAACACUCGCAGUCUGGCAACCGUAUCAGCCAAUGGUGUAUCACGAGAGGGUGGAACAGUAUUGUCAAGGAUGCGGUUACGUACGAAAUGGUGGUCGAAAGUUGUGGUGGAAAUCUGGAGACACCUACAAUUGUCACAGCUGCUUCAUGAAAAGGCCAGAUGGAGGUUUGCCGAGAGACUUCAAGGGUUGUGGUAAUCUGGAACAGCUCGAUGCAGUUCUGAAGCAAGACAAGAGCGGCACACUCGCCGGACGAGAACCAGGAACGGCCAAGACAAAACCAGAAGACGACGAUACGUCACCACCCUAG